CCGUUGAUGAAGGACACACAACAGAAAGCAACGUUGGCUCGGUUCCCUAUGGCACGGCGUCUGCAGAGAGGCAGCCCAAUAAACCGAGCAAUGGGUGAAGGAUUUGAAAGCUCGGGUGUGAAGACACAAAUCCUCUCUCCCUCUCUCGAUAGUUUCUCCUCUCUCCCUGUCAUGGCUGCUCUUGCUCUUGUAGUUCUCAUCUUCACCAUGUUUGGUGGAUCAGACGCGGCUUGGUGUGUCUGCAAGCCUGAUAUGAGUGACACUGCUCUCCAGAAGACACUGGAUUAUGCUUGUGGAGCUGGAGCUGACUGCACUCCUAUCCUCCAAAACGGAGCUUGUUACAAUCCCAACACAGUGAAAGCCCAUUGCUCCUAUGCUGCUAACAGCUACUACCAGAGGAAAGGGCAGACACAAGGGACCUGUGAUUUCUCGGGCACUGCUGCUCUUGCCACCACAGAUCCAAGUUACAGUGGUUGCACUUUCCCUGCAACUGCCAGUGCUGCAGGCACAGGAUCUACACCAGCAACGACCACACCCGGCACAACACCCGGCACCUUCUCCCCAACCAGUGGAGUAGUAGGGGGAUUGGGGCCUUCAAGUAGCAUGUCCAACGAGGACAUGAGCCAUGGUGGGUUCCUCAUGAAGGCAGGGAUGGGUUCUCUCCUCCUCACUGUCAUUUGCUCAGUGAUGGCUUUGUUGGGUUGAUGAAAAGCGUCCGGUUCUAGUGUAUGAUCCCAUUGUUGGAACAUGGACUGAUACAGAGGCGUUUCUCGUCCAGCCUAUGGUUUUUGUCUUUCCCCUGUGGCAGACAGGAUUGAUUCCAUCUGAGUGAUGCAGUGAAACAUUGUAAUAGCUGUAGCUCUUCUUCUUGUCCAACUUCUUUCUUCUCCAUUGUUACUGAUGAGCUGCUAUUGAUGUGUAU